AUGGCUGCUGAGAGCAAGUGUCCCGCUCACCAGCGUGUCUUGAGAUCCAAUGCUGCCGGUGGUGGUACCAGCAACCGCGACUGGUGGCCAGACCGGUUGAAACUGAACGUCCUUCGCCAGCACAACCCAGUGUCCAACCCUCUUGGAGAAGAAUUCGACUAUGCUGCUGCAUUCAACAGCCUAGACUACUUCGCCCUUAAGAAAGACCUCCAUGAUCUGAUGACUGACUCGCAGGACUGGUGGCCCGCCGACUUUGGCCACUAUGGUGGUUUGUUUAUUCGUAUGGCUUGGCACAGUGCAGGUACCUACAGAGUCUUCGAUGGUCGAGGGGGUGGCGGUCAGGGUCAGCAGCGUUUCGCUCCUCUCAACAGCUGGCCAGACAAUGUCAGUCUCGACAAGGCCCGUCGUUUACUAUGGCCCAUCAAACAGAAAUACGGAAAUAAGAUCUCGUGGGCUGACCUUUUAUUGCUCGCUGGAAACGUCGCCCUCGAAUCUAUGGGAUUCAAGACCUUUGGUUUCGCUGGUGGUCGCGCCGACACAUGGGAAGUAGACGAGUCAGCCAAUUGGGGAGGUGAGACGACCUGGCUGGGUAAUGACGUCCGCUAUUCCGGAGGUAACGCUGGUAUCGAUGCCCACGGUGUGUUAUCGGGCCAGGAGGCUGCUCACAAGGAUAUUCACAACCGUGACUUGGACAAGCCGCUUGCUGCUGCUCACAUGGGUUUGAUCUAUGUGAAUCCUGAAGGGCCUGAUGGUACCCCCGACCCCGUGGCUGCUGCCAAAGAUAUCCGCGUCACGUUCGGCCGUAUGGCCAUGAAUGACGAAGAGACUGUCGCACUCAUUGCCGGCGGUCACACUUUCGGCAAGACCCACGGUGCUGGUCCAGCUGACAAGGUUGGUCCCGAACCAGAAGCUGCAGACAUUGGGCAGCAAGGUCUGGGCUGGAGCAACAGCCACGGAACGGGCAAGGGACCUGAUACCACAACCAGUGGUAUUGAAGUCAUCUGGACCAAGACCCCCACCAAAUGGAGCAACAACUUCUUCGAGUACCUGUUCCGCUAUGACUGGGAGCUCACCAAGAGUCCUGCUGGUGCCAACCAGUGGGUUGCAAAAGAUGCAGAAGAGAUUAUCCCGGAUGCAUAUGAUCCAGACAAGAAGCACAAACCACGAAUGCUCACAACCGAUCUUGCUCUUCGCUUCGAUCCAGUCUACGAGAAGAUCUCUCGUCGCUUCUUGGAGAAUCCUGACCAGUUUGCUGAUGCCUUUGCCCGCGCCUGGUUCAAGUUGCUUCACCGUGACGUUGGCCCACGAAGCCUUUACCUCGGUCCCGAAGUACCCUCAGAAGUUUUGCCCUGGCAAGAUCCUGUCCCUGCUGUCAACCAUCCCCUCAUCGGAAAUGAAGACAUUGCGGCUCUGAAGCAGCAUAUUCUAGGAACUGGCGUCAACCCAUCCAACUUCAUCUCUACUGCUUGGGCAUCAGCUUCCACUUUUAGAGGAAGCGACAAGCGUGGUGGUGCCAACGGUGCUCGUAUUCGGCUAUCUCCUCAACGCGAAUGGGCCGUAAACAACCAGCCUUGGCUGGGCGAGACGCUUUCUGUCCUCGAAAAACUACAGAAGCAGUUCAAUGACUCUGCCCACUCAGCUGGAGGCAAGAGAGUUUCUAUUGCAGAUUUGAUUGUCCUCGCCGGUGUCGCAGCCGUGGAGAAAGCUGCACGAGACGCCGGUCACUCGAUCACAGUUCCCUUCACACCUGGUCGCACAGAUGCCUCGCAAGAGGAAACUGAUGUCCAAUCCUUCAGCGACAUGGAACCGGUGGCCGAUGGUUUCCGUAACUAUGGUGGAUCCACACCACGCGUCCGCGCCGAGGAGUGGCUCGUUGACAAGGCACAACUACUGACCCUCACUGCUCCAGAGCUGACUGUUCUCAUCGGCGGUUUACGCGUGCUUAACACUAACUAUGACCGAUCGCCUCACGGUGUAUUCACCCAGAGACCAGGAAAGUUGACCAACGACUUCUUUGUCAACCUCUUGGAUACCAGCACCGCCUGGAAGGCAGUCGGUGGCGGUAACUUCAGCGAUCUCUACGAGGGCACAGACCGCAGGACUGGCGGCAAGAAAUGGACAGCUACUCGUAACGAUCUCGUGUUUGGCUCGAAUGCUGAGUUGCGUGCCAUUGCUGAGGUGUAUGGUAGCUCGGACAGCCAGGAGAAGUUCGUCAAGGACUUUGUUGCUGCUUGGGACAAGGUGAUGAACUUGGACCGAUUUGAUUUGAAGCAGAACAAGAAAUUCAAUCCUGGUCACCGUCUUUAGAUCGGUGUGUGAAUAGUUGAAUGUUUAUUUCGUGUUCGAUGGAGCUUGGCUCUGUCAAUUCGAACCCAUACAAAAACCCUCCCAUGAGAGUCUGAUGGAAUUAUGCAAGCCAUGACAAGAUUUGUUGUUUUGAUAUUUCGAGAUCGUGCAAGUGGAAUGUAUCUAGGCAGAAUGUCUGAUAACAUAAGUACAUACUCUUUGGUCAAUUUGAAAAGGAUAAUCAUUCUUCAUAUAAAAAUCAAAUAAUUGCAAAUUUCUUGGAG